AUGGGCGACUGGAGCUUUCUGGGGAGACUGUUAGAGAACGCGCAGGAGCACUCCACGGUUAUUGGCAAGGUUUGGCUGACGGUGCUGUUUAUCUUCAGGAUACUGGUGCUGGGGGCCGCUGCUGAGGAGGUCUGGGGAGACGAGCAGUCAGACUUUACGUGCAACACUCAGCAACCUGGUUGUGAAAAUGUUUGCUACGACAAAGCCUUCCCCAUUUCUCACAUCCGCUUCUGGGUGCUGCAGAUCAUUUUUGUCUCCACUCCAACCCUCAUCUACCUGGGCCAUGUGCUGCACAUUGUACGCAUGGAGGAGAAGAGGAAAGAGAAAGAAGAGGAACUGAAAAAGAAGGGAAGCAUCAAAGACAACAACUACCCAGGAGCAGCAAUGUCUGGCAGUGGUGGUGGAGGCAGCAAUAACGCCAAGGAUCCUCCUGCCAAAAAGGGGAAGGAGAAGCUCCCAAUUCGUGACGAGCGCGGUAGAAUCCGUAUGGGGGGCGCACUACUCCGUACCUACGUCUUCAACAUCAUUUUCAAGACACUCUUUGAGGUGGGCUUCAUUGUGGGCCAGUACUUCCUAUAUGGCUUUGAACUAAAGCCAGUCUACCAGUGCAGCCGCCCACCUUGCCCACACACCGUGGAUUGCUUCAUCUCGCGGCCCACUGAGAAGACCAUCUUCAUCAUCUUCAUGUUGGUGGUGGCCUCUGUCUCCCUGCUGCUGAACAUGCUUGAGAUAUAUCACUUGGGGUGGAAGAAGCUCAAGCAGGGCAUGACGAGCCAGUACAGCCUUGAGAUGCCGAUCACAACACUGACACCGGUCAUGGUAACAGGGGAGACCAAACCCGUGUCCCUGCCGCCGCCGGCACCACCCGUGGUGGUAACGACCACGGCACCCCCUCCCGUUCUGCCUGACACCCGCGCUGUCACGCCGCUGCUGGCCCCGGUGACCAUGGCACCGUACUACACUGCAGCUGCUCCCAGAGCGCGGCCCCCCUCCAACACGGCCUCAGUGGCAAGCUACCCCGUGGCUCCACCAGUUCCUGAGGAGAGGCACCGUGCCAUCACCCCCACGCCCGUCUCCACUCCUGUCACCAUCCCGACGCCCAUCCCCACGCCUACGCCGGCCGUCAUCAACUACUUCAACAGCAAAAACCAUGCCCUGGCAGCUGAGCAGAACUGGGUCAACAUGGCAGCCGAGCGGCAGGGGAAGGCUCCUUCCAGCUCGCCGGGCUCCUCCACCCCCAGCAGCGUCCGGCGUCCCCUCCCAGAGCAGGAAGAGCCACUGGAGCAGCUUCUCCCACCCCCAGCCGGGCCACCCGUCGCGGCGGCCAGCAGCAGCAGCAGCACCAGCCUGAGCGGGGCGAGCAGCACCAAGUGGGACGUGGAGGGUGAGGAGGAGCUGGCGGAGGAACGGCCCGUCUCGGCCGCCUGCACCACCGUGGAGAUGCACGAGCCGCCGCUGCUCGUCGACACGCGGCGCUUGAGCAGGGCCAGUAAGUCGAGCAGCAGCAGAGCCAGGUCAGACGACCUGGCCGUGUAG